CCUCUCAACGACGCCGUAUCAAGAAAAAGUUGUAACAAGCCUUCCGGUGCACAUUUAGCGACCGGUCCUCACUCCUGCCGUCCUUUCUUAUCACAAACUGCAAAAUUCGCUUAUGAACGAAGCAGAAGCAAAAACUGAAGCUCCAAAUUCCAAAUUCCAAAUUCCAAAGGUUGAAUUCGAGUGAGCAGAUAUUGAAAAGGAUAGAGGGGAAAUUGACUGAGGGUUUGACUAGUUUGACCCCAUUGAUUGAUGGAUCAAGGGAAUUUUUUUUCGAGGGUUCAGUCUGAAUUGUUCGAAAGUUGCGAAUUUCGGUCAUUUGGAAUGGAGGGGUUGAAUUUGGGCUUAGUGGGGUGUUAAGUGAGUGUCGAGGAUGGCUUUGGUUGAUCGCAAUUGAGGUCUUCAUUUGGUUGUGCUGAAUUGACUGACGACAUGGGAGUAUCUGGAAAAUGGAUUAAGGCAUUGUUAAAGAAAUCAGAAAAGUCGCAAUCUAUUGAAAAAGAUGACAAUAAAAUAGCUGGUUACAAGUUUCGGCACAGGAGAAAGAAUUCCAUUGAGUUUGACACAAAUAGGCUUAAAUGUGAGUUUGAUGCAGAUGUUGCUCCACCAGUUGGAGAUGCCAGUACUCAAUUAAACCCAGAUGCUGUGGAUUCUUCUUCUGCCUCACUUCAAAUGCACAAUGCAGAAAGUGAGCAGAAUGCGAGGGAAGAAUGGGCUGCCACACGCAUUCAAACAGCCUUUCGUGGCUUUCUGGCUAGAAGAGCUCUUCGAGCUUUAAAAGGAUUGGUGAGACUUCAAGCCCUUGUCAGAGGCCAUGCUGUGAGAAAACAAGCGGCAAUAACUCUUCGCUGUAUGCAAGCUUUAGUUAGAGUUCAGGCUCGAGUGCGAGCAAGGCGCGUUCGCCUGGCAUUGGAAGGUCAAACGGCUCAACAAAGGCUUCAUGAACAACUUGCAAACGAGGCUCGUGUUCGAGAAAUAGAAGAAGGGUGGUGUGACAGUGUAGGAUCUGUUCAUGAAAUUCAAGCCAAGUUGUUGAAGAGGCAGGAGGCUGCUGCUAAGCGUGAGAGAGCCAUGGCAUAUGCUCUUGCUCAUCAGUGGCAAGCUGGAUCAAGGCAGCUGCCAGUUCCAUCUGGGUUUGAACCAGAUAAAAGCAGCUGGGGUUGGAACUGGUUAGAAAGAUGGAUGGCUGUCCGUCCCUGGGAGAACCGCUUUCUAGAUAUUAAUCUUAGGGAUGGAGUAAUGGUACAUGUGGAUGAAUCAGCUGAUGAUAAGAACAGCAGUAUGCCCCAGUUAAAAUCUGCUGGCAAGAAACCUUUUUCUUCAAAUAUUCAAUCAAAUAUUUCAAGUCAAAAAGCCGGUCCGUGUCAUUCUGAUGGCUGUGAUUCUUCACCUAUUAAGUCGGCCGGAAUGUUAGAGGCAUCCAAUACCCAAUUUGAAAAGCAAAAGUCGAAGCCAAAUUUGGAUGAUGCAGCUGAAGAAAGAAACUCCAAACCUGCUAUUACUUCAAGAUCCCAUAGUAAUCCAAAAGAGAGAGCCACAGAAUCAGACAAACGGGCAAAGAAGCGGCUGUCUCUGCCAAAUAGCAGAGGAAGUAAUGUCACCCAAACUUCCAGAGAUCCUAUUAGAUCCAAUGUCAAAGGGACGCCAAGUUCUCAGAAACCCAUCAAGGCUAGAUCAAAACCCAGUGGAAGAGGGGAUUCAAACCAUACAAAGUCAGUCUCGCAAACCGUUGAUACGUAACUCAAAGGCUCCAUGGAAAAUAAGGUUCUUUGCAUUCCCUGUUGAGGUGCUUGCUUUUAUAAAUCUGUACAUAUUGAGCUACGUUGGGAGGCUGCAACCGCUUCGUUUUGUUAUUGUCAUACCAUUUUAAAGUGGCUUCCGUGCAGCAGAUUCAAGAAUGGAUCAAUUGGUGGUAUUGGAAGGAAUAAGAGUAGCAGGAUCAAUGAAUCAGGUUUGUUUAGUGUCGUUAAUUAUGUUAGCGUGAGUUUAUUAUUUCAUUGUACAAUUUUUGUAGUUGCCUUCAAUGUUAUCAUCUUUGGCUCAGGUGCUAAGAUCUGUACAAUAUGGUUUUGCGAAUAAUGUGGGUAUCGGGGUGAAUAUCAUAAAAGUGGACUAACCAUAGAUCUGCAUAUGUUUGGUAGAUAGAACAGUCUGGGAAUUGGUUUACUGAAACUUCGGCGGAUAUCAUGUACAUCAUUUUGUUGUUUUUUUUUUUAAAUUUUUAUGUGAAUGUUGAUUGUUGAAUACCUUAUCAUUUUGGCUUUUAACAUGCCAUUUUUGGUCGA